AUGGACCAAGACCAUAAUCUGCCUCACCAGCCUCCGCCUAGUCGGCCCACUUCUCAAGACCCAUUUGACUGGAUGCACAAUGCCUUUGAUUUUGACAACCCCGUAAUCGAGGGGGGACCACCGAUUUCACAGUCUACCGUAGAUUUGCAGGCUUACUACUCACAUCUCAGCUCUCCCCGCGUCCGUCAUGCACCCUAUAUCACAUCGCAACGGCGCCAUCGCCGUGAUAGGCCAUUAUCUCACCCUACUGCUGUAGAACAAGGUGAAGAAGGGCCGUCUCAAGGUGUGGCAUUCAAUGGCCCAUCUCCUGUGCUCCGGGGUGUGCCACCUCCCACGCUGGUAACAGCGUCUCCUGCACCAUCCCCUGCACCACCUCCUGCACCAUCCCCUCUGCCACCUCCUGCGCAAUUCCUUGCAAUUUCUGCACCAUCUCCCGCACCAGCAGCUUCAACUCAGACCGUGCCAGCCGUGCCUUCAAUCUUUUUCGGUCUUUCCGAUUUAGAUGAAGUGAAGGCAGAGUCCUUGUUUCAGAUGAAAUGUGGUCUUCUUAACAGCUCCUUCCUGCCGAAAGACAGCUCAGACGUAGCAAGGAUGGCAAAGGUGUGCAUUACCGCCCAGGUGUCCCACAGCCCUGAACUUACUGCCUGGUCCAACACGAAAGAUGGCAAACUAGAGGCCACUAAAUUGUGUACUGCGCUGACGACACUUCGAAAAAAUAUAAAAUUUCUCGCUCGCAGUGCUGCGCUCUGGGGGUACAACUUACACCAGUUAAUGCACACGGAAAGCAAGCUUAUGGUGAAGAAUUUUGUAAAGAGACUCAUAAAAGAUAAUUCCUACCUUAGAGGUACUGUCAAUGGAGAAAACGUUGACAUUCCUUUUGCGAAUGUAGCACUACUGUAUUUCAUCCGGCAGCUACUCUUCCACGAUAGGCAGUACAAACAAUUUAUUGGCGAGAAACAGAAUCUCCAACCGCUGUUUACCUAUACAAGCGUUUUGUUCAAGUGGGCGUUAACCGAAAUGUCCACAGGAGUUUUCCAAGAUAUAGAUUUCAAACUUAACGAGGCUACUACCGAACAUACCGCCAUGGAAAAUCUAUUCAAGACAUUGACACAUGAGCAGAUCGUUGCGCUCACCGCAAGCGUUUAUAACUAA